AAGGAGAAAGUGAUACAUAUAAGGAUUCAGAUCAUGAAUAUGUUCUUUUAGACGAUGAUUUUAAUUAUAGUCAUUCUGAUACACAAUCAGAGAUUUCUUCAACUACAACAAAGACUAGUAAUUAUUUAGAAAACAAUAAUACAGAUUUUCCUUUUACAGAAGCAAUAUCGAAUUUUAUUAAAGCGUAUACUGAUUCAGAACAAAAUAAUUUUGAUGAAGCUAAUAUUGAUUGGCUUAAUUCUGAAAUAGAUUAUACAUCAGAAACUGGAUCCAUUAAUAGUUGCAUAAUAGACUUGGACAAUGAAAAAGAACUAGAUUUAGAUAUUAGCAAUUGCGGUAAAAUUAGUGAAUUUUCACAGCAAUGUGUUAUACUAGAUAUUAAGAAUGGAACAAUACAACGAU